CCCGCCCACAGCUGGCGUUAUGCACAGGAGCUACAAGAUGGCGCAGGCAAUAUUUGAGGUUCUGGAAGGCAUGGACAAUCAGACGGUGCUCAAUGUCCAGUCACUGUUGGACGGUCAGGGGGGUGUUCUGGAUCCGGGAACACAGAACGUCUCAGGAACGAACAUCCAGCCGAUGGACGAUGAUGAUGUGUUUCUGUGUGGAAAAUGUAAGAAGCAGUUUAACUCUUUGCCGGCGUUCAUGACUCACAAGCGUGAACAGUGUCAGUCCAACACACCGUCACUGGCCACCGUCUCUCUGGCCUCCAACAACGCUUACACCUCCGUCCCGUCCAUCAGCGCCGGACCCCAGCUGACCGCUAACAGACAGGUGUCAACGUACAUCACUGUGCCGCAGUCACCGCUCACACACACGCUCGUCCAGGGAAAUGUGUUGGUCAGCGACGAGGUUCUGAUGUCGGCCAUAUCAGCGUUUAACUCUCUGGAUCAACCGAUGGCAGCCAUGCAGGGACUGACACAGAGUAAUCUCAGCAUGCACGCGGGAACCUCGUACCUCCAGCACCAUCAGCAACCUCCACAGCCCCUCCCCCAGACACAGGCCACGCCCCUGUCCUCACAGGUGCCCUCCAGCAACAGUAAUUCAGUGGUGCAGGUGUACAGCACACUGCCCCCUAUGGCUGGAGGCGGUACUGCAGAAGUGUCUGCUCUGGGGCUUCAGUCUUUUCAGUCCAUUCAGGUUCCCAGUCAGUGUGUGGAGGGCCAGGUGUUCAGCGCCGCUCCGGUUUACAGCCCAGGAAAACAGAGCAACAAAACCAAGACCUGCAACAUCAGCACAAACCUCUCCGAGCUGGGCGAAUAUGACAAGGUUAUCAUCCCUAAGAGAGCCAGAACCUCCAAGAAAACACAGGAUGCAGGGCAAACUAAAGGAAAGGCCCAGAAGCUCAAGUGCAAUUACUGUGACAAAGUGUUUACCAAGAACUUUGACCUCCAGCAGCAUAUUCGAAGUCACACGGGUGAAAAGCCCUUUCAGUGCAUCGUGUGCGGCCGUGCCUUCGCUCAGAAGUCCAACGUGAAGAAACACAUGCAGACGCACAAGGUCUGGCCCGCUGGAGUUCACAGCACUGCAUCCAGGAUGCCCAUCACUGUGCGCGUGCUUCCUCUGAACAGUGACGAAAACUCACAGCAGAUGGAGGAAGAAGGGCAAGAGCAAGCCGUCGAGGAGCAGGACGCUGAGGUCCAGGAGACACAGGGUUCGGCAGAGGGCAAACAGAGCAGCGGGAUGAACCAGAACAAGCAGAUCAUCCUCAUCGACAGCUCGUAUCAGUGCCAGUUCUGCUCGGCCAAAUUCAGCACCUACUUCCAGCUGAAGUCUCACAUGACGCAGCACAAGAACGAACAGGUGUACCGCUGUGUGGUGAAGAGCUGCUCUCAGACGUUUCAGAAGCUGGAUCAGUUUCUGGAGCACAUCCACACACACCAGGAGCAGCUGACGUACCGCUGUCACCAGUGCAGUAAAGUCUUCCCAUCGCUCUUCGAGCUCGGUCUUCACCAGUAUUCACACAGCUUCUGUCCACAGCCGAGCCAGCGCAAAGAGACCAGCUACUACAGAUGUAUGAAGUGUCAGAGUAAAUAUUCCACACAAGAAGCUCUGGAACAACAUCUGCUGAACGCCACUCACAACUACCCCUGUCCACACUGCCAGAAGGUGUUUCCGUGUGAGAGGUAUUUCCGCAGGCAUCUCUCCACUCACGGCGUUGGCGGCAAAUUCAAAUGUCAGAUCUGUAAAAAGUUCUUCAAAACAGAGCACUACCUCAAACUACACACAAAGAUCCACUCAGGAGAGAAGCCGUAUAAAUGCUCCGUCUGUGAGGCCACGUUCAACAGGAAGGACAAAGUAAAGAGACACAUGCUGAUUCACGAACCCUUCAAGAAGUACAAGUGUCCCUUCAGGACUCAUGUGGGCUGCACCAAAGAGUUUAACAGACCCGACAAACUCAAAGCUCAUAUUCUCUCACAUUCAGGUAUAAAGCCGUAUAAGUGUCAGUUCUGUCAGAAAUCGUUCAGUCGUCGCGCUCACAUGCUGGAGCAUCAGCGCUCACACACCGAUAACUAUCGCUUCCGCUGUGCCGCCUGCAACAAGGGCUUCACCCGCCAGAAAUACUACAGCGAUCACAAGUGUCCGCUCGGGGGGGCCACGCAGGGUGCAGACGGGACGCCGGGACGGGACAACAGCGGCCAGGACACAGGAGACGGAUCUCCUGCAGCUGAGCCUGAUGAACGUGGAGAAACCGAAGAGGAGGGCGAAGAUAAUGACGGUGAGACGCAGCAGGAUGAAGAACGUGAGCAGAUGAGAGGAGACGAGGAAGAGAGGAACGAGACGAGACUGGAUCACAUGCAGGAAGACGACAGCGCCGUCAGACUGCUGUCUGAACCCAUGUGCUUCCAGACGGGCGACUGAUGAACAGCUUACAAACAUGCAUCACUAUGUUUACAAACAGUGUCGGCUUUUGGUAAUUUUUAAAAACAUAAAUGAUGGGCUCAGAUCCCUGUUGCUUAUCUUUAAUAUUUGAUUUGUUUUAUAUUAAAACAUUAUUACAAGCUGAUUUUCUUUUUUUCUUGCAUUUGUUGAGAUGAACUUAAGACUGUAACUUAAUUGAUUCGGUUUCAAAUAAAUAUGAAUCUGAAUUUCUGCACAGUUGCAGUACAAUUAUAUAUUGUCCAUAAAUAUGUAUGUUAUAUAUUUAUAAUGCUUGUACAUAAGUCAUACAGUUUGUGAACACUUUAAAGCAAUGUUGUAAUUGUUAACAAAAAGUAAAACUAAGAAUAAUUUUCUGUAAAAAUAAAAAAUAUUAAAGUGUUCGAUGGAAAAA